AUGGUCCGACACAAGAAGGAUGGCUUUUCCUCAAGAGGGAAGAAGAACUAUGGCGGGCCACCACGUUCAAGGGGCCAAGGACCCUCUGCGGACUCCGACAAUGUCACCCCGCGCCCCUCGUACAAAGCCGCCUGCUGGGAUCUAGGCCAUUGCGACCCAAAGCGAUGCUCGGGUAAGAAGCUGAUGAAACUAGGCAUGAUGCGCGAGCUUCAUGUUGGCCAGAGACACAACGGCGUCAUCAUAACACCAAAUGGGAAACGGGUGCUGUCCCCGGCUGAUCGGGAACUCAUGGACCAGUAUGGAGCCGCCGUCGUGGAGUGCUCCUGGGCGAGGAUGAAGGAAAUACAAUGGGCCAAAGUGGGAGGCAAGUGUGAGAGGCUGCUGCCCUACCUUGUAGCUGCGAACACUGUCAACUACGGGAAGCCGUGGCGCCUGAACUGCGUCGAGGCUCUUGCCGCUGCGUUCUACAUUUGUGGACACCCGGAUUGGGCCGAGCAGGUCCUUGCACCAUUCUCCUAUGGAAGUGCCUUCCUCGAGAUCAAUUCAAGCUUGCUCAAGAAGUAUGCAGCAUGUGAGGAUGACAAGGCAAUCAAGAAGACAGAAGAAGAAUGGAUGGAGAGAUUAGAGAAGGAGUAUGCGGAGAGUCGUGAGGAGGGAUCAGAUUCAGACCUGUGGAAAGGGGGCAAUGUUAAUCGCCGCCCAGUCCCCGAUUCCGAUGAUGACGAGAAGGAGGAGGAUGAUGAUGACGAUGAAAAUAGCCAGGACGGCGAGGACGGCCAAGAGAACGGCGACGACGACGACGACGCUAGUGUGGAUGGAAUAUACCUCGGCAAGAAACCGCAACCAAAAGAGGAUGAGGUAGAGGAGAAGGAUUCAUAUGCGAUAUCGGACGACAGUGAUGAUGAUGCGGAAAUGGAGGAAAUACGCAGAAAGGUUCUCGCCUCAAAGCCUUUCUCGAAUCCAUCAGACUCAGACCAGAAGAAGGCGCCAGAAACUAUACCCCGACCGCAGCAUCUCCAGGUCGACUCAGAUAUUGAAGCUGAUUCGGAUAAUGGCUCAGAGGAGGACAACGAUUUUGAUAAUAUAAUGAACGCUCAACCCGUUACUGACAGAAUUGGACUGGCUAGGCUUGAGAAGGAGAGAGCACGAGCCACAACUAAUACUCGGACAUUCAUGUCAGCAUCGUUGACAGCCCCAAAGAAGGGCUAG